AGCAGCUCUGCAGCACUCGGCUCAGCUCCACUCUGCUCAGUUCUGCUCCAGGAAGGCUACCUCCUCCCUGGCCUCUUCCUCCUCCCCCUCCUCCUCCUGCUGUCACCACUCACCGAUCUAGCCUCCAGGGGGUGGGGACCCCAGGGCUGGACACACCCCAUCGUGGCCCUGAGCUCAGCCGGUCGGACAGACGCACAGUUGGACGCAGGACCCCAAAGCCCCGAGGUGGGCAGUGUGCCAGGGUCCCUUGCAGCCUCCUCAAGUCCCGUCCAGGCUAUGGGCAUCAAGACAGCAUUGCCCGCGGCUGAGCUGGGCUUCUACUCCCUGGUGCUGAGUGGGGCCUUGGCCUAUGCUGGCCGGGGCCUCCUUGAGGCAUCACAAGAUGGGGCCCACAGGAAGGCCUUCCGGGAAUCUGUGCGACCUGGCUGGGAGUACAUUGGCCGGAAGAUGGAUGUAGCUGACUUCGAGUGGGUGAUGUGGUUCACCUCCUUCCGCAACAUCAUCAUCUUCGCCCUCUCUGGACACGUGCUGUUUGCUAAACUCUGCACAAUGGUUGCGCCCCAGCUCCGCUCCUGGAUGUAUGCUGUGUAUGGAGUCCUGGCUGUGGUGGGCACAAUGGGCCCUUGGUAUCUGCUGCUGCUGCUCGGCCACUGUGUGGGCCUCUAUGUGGCCUCACUCUUGGGCCAGCCCUGGCUCUGCCUUGGCUUUGGUCUAGCCAGCCUGGCUUCCUUCAAGAUGGACCCCCUAAUCUCUUGGCAGAGUGGGUUUGUAACAGGCACUUUUGAUCUUCAAGACGUGCUGUUUCAUGGGGGCAGUGGCUUCACAGUGCUGCGCUGCACCAGCUUUGCGCUGGAAUGCUGUGCCCACCCAGACCGCCGCUACUCCCUAGCUGAUCUUCUCAAGUACAACUUCUACCUGCCCUUCUUCUUCUUUGGGCCCAUCAUGACCUUUGAUCGUUUCCAUGCUCAGGCACUUCGCAUCCCCCAGACACUUGGCAUGCCCCUCCAGGUGAGCCAGGUGGAACCAGUGAGGCCGGAAGGCGAGCUGUGGCACAUCAGGGCCCAGGCGGGCCUCAGCGUGGUGACCGUAAUGGCUGUGGACAUCUUCUUCCACUUCUUCUACAUCCUCACCAUCCCCAGUGACCUCAAGUUUGCCAGCCGCCUCCCAGACAGCGCCCUUGCUGGCCUAGCCUAUUCAAACCUGGUGUACGACUGGGUGAAGGCAGCUGUCCUCUUUGGCGUCGUCAACACGGUAGCGCGCUUGGACCACCUGGACCCGCCUCAGCCUCCCAAGUGCAUCACUGUGCUCUAUGUCUUCGGGGAAACGCACUUCGAUAGAGGUAUCAACGACUGGCUUUGCAAAUAUGUAUAUAACCACAUUGGUGGGGAUCACUCUGCUGUGAUCCCAGAGCUGGCAGCCUCAGUUGCCACAUUUGCCAUUACCACUCUGUGGCUUGGACCUUGCAACAUUGUCUACCUGUGGUCACUCCUUAACUGCUUUGGCCUCAACUUUGAGCUCUGGGUACAGAAACUGGCAGAGCGUGAGCCUCUCGCACAAAUUGAGGCCCGUCUGUCGGAGCAGAUGACUCGGAGAGUCAGGGCCCUCUUUGGAGCCAUAAACUUCUGGGCCAUCAUCAUGUACAACCUUGUGAGCCUGAACAGCCUUGAGUUUACAGAGCUGGUUGCCCAACGCCUGCUACUUACAGGGUUCCCCCAGACCACGUUGGCCAUCCUGUUUGUCACCUACUGUGGUGUCCAGCUGGUGAAGGAACGUGAGCGAACCCUCGCACUAGAGAAGGAACAGAGGCAGGACAAAGAGAAGCCAGAGUAGGUGGGAGGGGGCAGAGGGAAGGCUCUGCUCAGCUAUUUCUGGGCCCCAGGCCCAGGCUCGGCCAGAUGAGGCCUGACCGAUAGAAUAAAAGACUUUUCUACACAGCCUGGCUGUUCCCUUACCCUCUCCCCAGCAAUCUCCUGGUUGCUUGUCUAUGCUGGGUGAGGAGCUGGAGGUAACUAGGUCUUGGGGAAGAAGUCAUACAAAAGUGUGGGGGAGUCAGCACGUGAGGACAGAGACCACCCACCUUGACAACCCAACAAUGGACUACUGAAGCCCCCAAUCUUCAAGCCACCUGGGUACUGGCUCUUGGAGCACCUCCAAGUGGUUUGCUUGCAAGCCACUUUAUUCUUCUUUUUCUUCUUCUUUUUUUUUUUUUUUUUUUAAUGGAACUGGGGUUAGAACCUGCAAAGCAGGCACUCUACCA